UAUUAGUUGGUUUUUAAACUUGGUCGUGAGAGGGUAGCAAAAAGAAAAAAUCGGCAAAGUAACGACAGGGUAGUUAGAACGUGCUAAGAAAGCGGAAAGCCAGGAUAAGAUUUAAAUAAUAGAAGUAAGAGCAGGCAAAAAGUGAAUGAGGGAAAGAACUCGAAGUAGAAAAGCUGGAUUUGUGAAAGUGCGUAGACUUUUAGUGUUUACGGAUCGCGUAAAUUAGGACUUAAGGUGCGGCACACAACAAAUAAGCAAAACUGAGAUUAAACAUUUUAAAAUAAUAAUAAAAUAUACUCAAAUCGAGCGAAAACAUCUGUAAACUAGACGUGAAUGUUUAAGUAAACAGUUUGUGAAUGGAUGCGCUUAGUGCUGGUAGCACUUUUGCCAAUACAUCUAACACCAACACAUCCAAUAACGCCACAAAAACAAAAGCAUCUAAAGAGCCGAUCGUUUCGACUGUCACCUCUCCUCCGUCAUCCUUGCGUUCAACGCCAGCUUCAUCGCCGCUCACGUCAACAGACGCAAUUGUCAUACCCGCAAUCAUUGAGCCUCCUUCCCCUGCACGCUCCUCACGCGCGUCGUCGUGCUCUGCGCAUUCCAGAUUGCGCGUAGCAUCAACCGAUUCGGAUACGCCCGGUGGCGAAAUGAGUGCGAGUGGUGGAAGUCAACAUGGGGCAGCGCUGGAUAUGAAGAUUAAAGCUUCGGCCGUCUCCGUUGCUAGCGUCACCGCCGCCGCCGCCGCUGCCGUGGAGCUAUUGCAAGGGGGCACGCCAUCGUCGCAGACGCAGUCGCAGAAAAUCAAAAAAUUGGUCCGCCGGAAUGCCUCCGACAAACUGCGCCUCAUCCAAAUGGUUCACGACAAUCCGAUACUGUGGGAUUCCCGUCUGCCUAAUUUCAAGGGUGCCGAAGAAGAGAAGAAUCGUGCCUGGGAAAUGAUUGGCAAGGAGUUCAAUGCACCGGGGCGGCGAGUGGCGCGCGCCUUCAAAUCGUUACGGGAAUCCUAUCGACGCGAAUUAGCGCACGUCAAAUUGAUGGGCAACGGCUUCAAGCCGAAAUGGAGCCUCUAUGAUGCAAUGGACUUUCUGCGUGAUGUCAUAAGAGAGCGAAAAGGCGGUUCACACGCUGUAGAGCAGGCAGCUAUUGGACUUAAUUUGAGUGCAUUCUCGCAUCAUUUAACUAAUAACAACAACAACAAUAGCAAGUCUGCACUCAAACUCAGCGCCUUACAUUCAUCUUUCAACGAAAGUGCGCUAAAUCUGUCGAAAUGCGCACCAGGUCUGAAUAUGAGCCAUGAGGACUACUACUACUACGUAAAGCCAGAGUUGGACAUGGCAGCCGCGCAUCCGGGUGGCAAUGCCAUUGGUAUUGGUGGCAAUGCUGCCGUGCCGUCGCAUCCAAUGCCGGCGCAUCAGGCACAGCAGCAGCAGCAGCAACAACAUUUACACAGUGCGGCGCAUGACAGCCGGGUCUCGUCAACGCGCAACGACAGCGCUACCCAGCACAGUACUACAUUCGACGAUCUGGACGCAUCGUCAGUACGUAGUGGUGAUGAAGCCUCUGUGCGUAAUGCUGACAUGAGUAAUCAGGGUUCCGAUGAGGUGGAGGAGCUGGAAGCAAUAGAUGCUGAUUUUCCUUAUCCGCUUAUACUCGAUGCAAAUUCGCCGCGUUCUAUGAGCGCAGCAGGCGUUAAUGGUGGUAAUGCCGUCGUCAAUGGUGGUGCAUCGAAACGCAAACGACGUGAGCUCAACGGUGAUACAAUAGACGGCACUAUAGACGAUGAAGAUGAUUAUGAAGGACAGAUGUUGCAACAACAUCGUCAUUUGAGACAGCAAAAUGGUGGCAUUGGCGGCGGUAGUGGUGGUGGUGGCGGUUUAGGUGGUGCGAGUGGAUAUAUGCUGGACAUACCGUCGCCACAAACUGUGCGUGAGGUGUUGAACUCGAAGUUUUGCGGCUUCAUUGCGGCGAAACUUAAUAGUAUGGAGGACACGGAGGCCGAUAAUUUGAUGAACAAAAUACUCAUGUUGCUCGUACAGACACAGACUAGUGAGGGGAAAUAGGAGGUGUGUAAUAGAGACCCACACGCAAUUUUCAGGUAGCGGCACGAAAGUGUUGAAGUAUAGGUGCACCAGUACAUGCCGACAAAGCUGGAGUAAGGGAAGAUAAGAAAGUUUGAUUUGUAGUUGCACAAAGUUUACACAAACUGUACAUACAUGAAAUGCGGGGAGUAAUUGAAGGAGAUUUUUGCGUACGAGAUUUCUUGGAAUACAUAAAUCUAUGAUAUCUACAUUUGUAUGAAUCUAAUUUUUCAAAUCGUUACCUAAGCGACAUUUUUAAUAAAUUUAUAUGUACAGCGAAUCAAAAAAGUUUUGGCACAGCGAUGUUUUUUUACAAUAUUUACAAUGUUUUUCAUGGUACAAUUAUUUCGUUAAUUUUGUAGGAAAAUAUAUUUUUUAGUAAAAUAAAAAAGGUUUAAAUCGAAGUUGCUUGAAAUUUAUGAAAUUUUCAUAAACAUUUCGAACUCUUUUUAAAUUCAGUAUACAAAAUGUUUAAACUUUUUUUCUUGUAUGCCAUUUUGUAGCUCAUUUAAAUCAAUUCCAGCAGAUUUACAAAAAAAUUCUGCUGCGUAAAAAGUUAGAAUAUUUUUGCUUAUUUUCAUUUAGUGUUGUAUUAAGUUUGAUACUUGAUAAAAUAUGUUACAUUUGUUGUAGUGUGAACUACACUUUUAUACAAAAUUAACGAAAAAAACCUUGCUUGUAAAACCUUGAGAAUAUUGUAAAAAAAAAACUUCCUGUAACAAAACUUUUUUGAAUGACUGUAAAUAUUCAUUUGUGUCAUAAUUUUUGGUGGCUGAUGUGAAUUCUAUAUAUGUAUUAUAAAAUAAUUAUAGUAAUUAUAAAAAUAUUCUUAAGUGCGAACAUUUAUUCAUAUUUAAAUGCCUUUUUGCUGACUGUCAUAAAAUGCUCAGUUCGAAGAAAUUAUAAAUUUAACUGAAACUAUUUUUAAGGUGUACACAAACAAAUGCCAGUAAGAAAUGGAAAUAUGUAUGUAAUGUAGACGCUUUAAAUAAAAGGUUAGAUGUGUGAAUUCUUAAAGUACCAUUAAAUUUAUUUUAAUUAAAUUUUAUUUCAUAUCUUUAUAAAUUUGCAUAUUUUGUGUUUGAUUGACUACGAAAAAAAAAAAUUAAAAACUUUGUUUAAUACUUUCGAAAAAAGAUUAAAAAUUUCUGUUUAAUACUUUCGCCUCGGAAGCUGGUUUUCUCUUCAAUAAAUGGAUUUUUUUUUUGGAAAAAUUUAAUACUUAUUUCUUAAAAAAUAAAUAAAGUAAAAAUCUGCCUCUUCUGCAGUAUUUCUAUUACUUAUUCUAAUUUGCAAUCCCCUUAGUUUCCUACGAGUACUGAAAUUAAUUUAAAGCAUUCCCGUGAAUGCACCAAUUCUUGAAAUCGCAACUCAACUAUUGAAGAUAGUAAUUACGCAUUAUAAAUACAAACAAACAGGGGUGAUAAAAUGAAGUGUUUAAUGUAGAAAAAGUUUAGCGAAUUUUUACUAAUUUUUUCUAAUUAUUUUCUUCCAAUUUUUUUUUUCAACAAACUAUGCGCAUCGGCGCUGCUCCAGUGAAUUUAAUUCGGCGAAAAAAAAUUGCUUAAUAAAAUGCUGAUCAUGCACAGAUUAGCCAGGUUGCUUGUCUAAGACACGAUACUCGAUGGCCCUAAGGCCCAUUGUGAUACCUGCAUUUCAUUUCCAACCCCUAAUUGAUCAAGCACAAUUAACAUAUCAAUGGAAUCUUAAGCAUCACAAAUAUUUUUGGUUUUUUGAAAAGUGGAAUAUAGAAGAAGAAAGCAAAAACAAAAUCACAUACAAUUAAGUGCUUAGCUCAAAGGUAAAACUGUAUUGAAAAUUGAUCGGUAAUAUACAUGUGUAUGUACAUACAUAUGCAUACACGUACAUACACACAUACAUAUAUCCGACGACUUCUGCCAGAAAUACUCACUUGAAUUCGGUGAUUUCAGUGGGAUAUUUUUCAAUAUUCAGUGAUUUCUCACGGAAAUUUUUCAAUUCACCAUUUAUUAAAAUGAUUGUUCAGCUGUGUAUGAUUAUUGCUUUUGAUUUUGUACUAAAAUGCAGCCAGGCUGAAAAUUUAAGUUCUUUUGACGAAAGUUCGCAGUUGUGUAUUUCAAGUGUAAAACAAUAAAAUAAAAUCCACGUACUUGUAAGGCAUAUACAUACAUAUCUAUGCACAUAUAUUCUACUAUUAAAUUAUGGUUGUAUCUUUCUUGCCAUAUUCUAUAAUACUUGCCUAAACAUAACAAAAAAAAUUUGUACAACAAAAAAUAAACAAAACAGCGCUUGCGCCAAAGAAAGACUUCAAAAAAAUGUGAAUUGUGAUUCGCUUUGCAAUUAUUUUCCUACAAUUAUAGAUAUUUUAUGUGCCCAUAAUGCCAAAUAUGUGUCAUACCAAAAGUAAAA